AAAAAAAAAACCUCAACACAUUGUUUACCGUAUAAACCCUAAAAAGGGUUUUGGUUUCCAGAGUGGGAUUGGGGGUGAAAUGGAGAGUGUUCAAAGCGCAUUUAAUAAGUUCUCAAACGAUGUCAAAUUGAUGGGAUCUUCAGCUUUCCAACCACAAUCAUCACCUCCACCUCCACCUCCACCAUCUGCUUCUUAUGGGCAUUCCGGUGUUCUAGUCACCAGACCUCCAAGACAAUCUGUGUCACUGUGGACAUGCUCUAAGCUUUGUGCUGUUUGCUUUGUUGCUGGGAUUGUUGUCGGCUACACUUUGAAGCGACGAGUUAGACGCUGGCUCUCCAGUCUUGCGAGGAGAUUAAAGGAUGACUGAGAAGAAGCUCUUUGCUACUGGUAUGAUCUUAUAGCUUGAAUUUUUAAAGACCCGAGAAACAAAGUUUGACUUUUCCUUCUCUAAACAAACUCAGGAAAUCAUAUCUAGGAAGAUUAAUAGGCCUCUGUCUCACUUUUGGUGUAUAUGUGAUAGGGCUUCAGUAAAAUAAAAUUGUUAGGCACCCAAAUACUUUUCAAUGUACCUUGGUGAUUUAUAUUUAUGUUGAGUGAUUGAAUAUGUUCACAUAUA